AUGGGUUCUCUCGACAAAAGCUUCUACAAGGCCGAUGGACCCAGCGACCCUACUGGUCCAACGGGCAAGUUGUCGAAUUGGAUACAUACUGUGUCCUUGGACAACGUUCCUCAGCAUGUCAGAGAUCGAGCCAAGUAUCUCAUACUCGAUGGACUGGCAUGCCUUCUGGUUGGCGCUCAGCUCCCGGGGUCACAGGUUGCCGUGCGCGCCAUACUCGAUAUGGAGGCACCUGGCCAUUGUACCAUCUCAGGCUGGGCUGACAAGAAAGUCAGUCCUCUUCAAGCUGCAUUGCUGAACUCCACCUUUAUCCAAGGCUUUGAACUGGACGACUGGCACUCCGAAGCACCUCUACACAGCAACAGUUUGGUAAUCCCGGCCAUCCUUGCCGCCGCCGAACACGACAUAUCAAGAUGCUCCGACACUACUCACCCGACCAUCACAGGCGGUGACAUGCUAUUAGCCAGCAUCGUUGGCUAUGAAGUCGGACCUCGGGUUGGUCUCGGCAUGUACGGCACACACAUGCUGACGAUGGGAUGGCAUUCUGGUGCAGUGUUCGGACCUUCUUCAGCCGCAGCGUCCAGCGCGAAGAUAUUAGGAUUGAGACCUGCUCAGAUAGAGGACGCCCUCGGCAUAGCUUGCACUCAAGCAGGUGGCCUUAUGUCAGCACAAUACGAAAGUGACGUCAAGCGGAUGCAGCAUGGAUUCGCGACGCGCAAUGGGCUCAUGGGCACUUUGCUCGCCCGGACGGGAUACUCGGGCAUCAAGAGAGUGUAUGAGCAGGACUACGGGGGCUUCCUGACGUGCUUUACCAGGGGCAAUGGCCGAGAACCAAACGCCCUGCCCGAAGAAGUUUCGAAAGGCCUGGGCGACGUGUGGAAAGUCGACGGGGUCCGGGUCAAGGCCUAUUCCGCCAUGGCCGGGACGCACUGCACCGUAGACUGCAUGCGGGAGUUGCAGACAAAGUACCCUGCACAAAUGAAAGACACAAGGGGCAUCAAACACAUCGUCAUUGAAAUGGCGGAGGCGGCGUACCAUCACGGAGGGUGGGAGGCCAAGAGGCCCCUGACUGCGACCGGGGCUCAGAUGAACAAUGCCUACGUCGGGGCCACACAGCUUGUCGACGGAGCGGUCCUUCCGCCACAAUUUGCCAACGACAUGCUGGACAGAGACGAAAUCUGGGAUCUGGUGGCCAAGACAGAGUGUCGUGAGAGUCACGACUUUGAGCUCAAAUUCGGCCAACGCGUCACCGUCACGUUUGUGGAGGACGAGUCAGGACGGGCCCAAGAGGCUCUCACCGUGGAGCUGCCCGGACCCAAGGGUAUCAUCCCGGAGUUUUCCAACGAGGAAAUCGUCGAGAAGUGGAGAGCUUUGGCCGCCACGGUCAUUGACGAUGUACGACGACAGAAGAUUGAAGACUUGGUCCUGAACCUGGAGACGUGCUCGGACAUUGGUGCUCUGAUUGCUCUAUUGGCACCACUGACCAAGAACCCCCUGGCCAAAACACAAACUGUGGUAUGA